AUGAAGGAGCACAUACAAAGCCCUCAACAAGUCCAGAAGGGAGCGAAAAAAAAAGGCGAUCAUCUUGAAUGCUCUAAUGGUAGGGAAGCAAAUGUGGCGAACUUUAACUCUGAACCAAAAGAAGCACUGGAGAUGGAAAUCAACAAAGUGGUCUCCGUUCGUCAAGGUCCACAAUUACACGUCCCCACUCGGAGCUUGCGAUGUGCUCUCAACUCUACCACUUACUCUGAGGAAUGCGAAGCAAUGAAGACUAUGACUCCCAACGAGCUGUUACUAGCGCUAGUGAAUUACUUUGCGCCUCCUAUGGAGGUGGAGGAAACACCUCCAAUUCUGGAACGAGAGCUUUCGUCGAUGGACAGUAGUUAUGUUACUCCAAAUGAGGAAAUGUCUCUUGAGAAUGGAGUUGCAUAUCCUUCCGAUCUAUCAGGAGAGUCACUUUCUCAAGUACAAUCGCUUCCGAUGUCUACGAUAGCAAACAGACACAUCGGUUCAUUACCGAAUGAGGUGUCCUCUUUGCCUUUGAGUCAUUCAACCCAGGCAGGCAGCGCAAUAGCAGAAUGUACUACGUCUUCGACGAAGUAUACCCCUAUCACACUUGGAGGUGCCAUAGGUAUUCGUAGACCUCGCUCGUCAAAUUCCGAAGCUGUAAAUAACAAUCUCACGCUUGACCAGCUCAAUCCAACUCUUGCUGAAGCCCUCGCAGCAAUGAAGGCAAAAAGCGAAGCUACGUCGAAAUGUCCUGGUAAUGCACUUUUCGCGAAUGGUUCUGAUAGCUAUCCAAGCCGGCGCGAGUCUUUGCCAACACGUAUGUCUGGUCCCGUAACACUUGAAAGAAGUGCAGUAACGUCUGGUCAUAUAGUGUCAUUCAACGGUCAAACUACGGAAGUGCCUGGAGAAAUUUAUUGUCACCUUUGCAAUUACCCAAUGAAGCUUUGCCUCCGCAAAACAAAAUAUAAGGGAGAGAUUCGAGAAUACGCCGCUUACAGGUGCCUUCGUAAGGGAUGUCAAACGUUUCGCUCUGUUCGUAAAGUCAUUGAACCGGAUUACCCUUAUCCUCGUAAGAGGAAGAUCGAAGAUCCAUAUGAGGUUUUUGAUAACAGCAGCAUGGGAGCUAGCUCGGCCUCCGCGAAUGAGCGCGCAAAUGGAAAUGAUAUUGAUACCCCUACUGGAACAUUAAUAUAUGUGAAGCAGGAGGUCACCGAAAAGCAAAUGGAGAAGAUGCUUGAAUUUGACUUCAAAUUUUUCGAUGAAAAACCUGCUCCUAUGUUCAAAGCAAUGGAACGUUGUGAAGCCAUGAUUAGGCAAGAACAGUCACGAACUUCGUGUACCUCGUGUGAUACACAAGCACCGCACGCUCCUGCUCAAGUCCCUGCUUCUACCCAUGUUUUGAUUCCUGCUGAGCCUCCUCCCAAGCCACUGCAAACCCAGUCGCCACUGUCGUAUCCCGCAUCGCUUCCACCACAUCCUCUCGCGCCUUCGUCUUGCUCACCAUCAGUGCAUCCUUCUGCUCCAUAUUCUCAUAACUCUCAGAGCAUUUAUGAUCCUACUGCAAUGUACGAGUAUCCUCUCUGUAAUACUCCAACGCGCCUCGAUAGUAUUUCAAAUCAGAAUUGCGGGAUGGCUAGCCAGAUCCAUUCGCAAGAUAUCAGAAAUCAGCAGUGCAUUAGCGAAGUAAUUUGGUGA